CGAGUGCGUUGAUUCCUGCGCCCUCCAGAGUAGAGGACCGGCGAGCGUGGUGGAGACUGGCGAGGGAGGAAAGAAAAUUCCAGUCCAACUCUAGCGCCGAUUCCCUUCACCUCUUCUUCUUCUUCUUCUUCCCCGCAGCGCCGGCCCUCGCCAGGCCCGUCUUGCCGCCAGUGCGCCACGACUCGCAGGCUCGCAGCUCCCUGGGCCGCCUGCCUUCUUUGCGUAUCCUGGGUUGAGCGACGCUGGUAGUGAAAGGAACCAUGUUUAGGAGAAAGCACGCCUCUCAUUUCGAUUCUACUGAUGCAGAUCAGCGAAAAGCAAAGAUCAAUGAACUGAAAUCUGCACUAGGGCCUUUGUCCGCCCGAGGUGAGAAGUACUGCAGUGUAGCAUGCUUGGCAAGAUAUCUAGAAGCCCGCAACUGGAAUGUUGCUAAGGCUAGAAAAAUGUUGGAAGAAAGUCUCAAGUGGAGAGCAGCUUACAGGCUGGAAGAUAUUCGAUGGCCUGAAGUUUCUGUUGAAUCAGAAACAGGUAAAAUGUACAGGGCAAGUUUUCAAGAUAGAGAGGGGAGACCUGUUCUUGUUAUGGCACCGGCAAAGCAGAAUACAUCGUCACACGAGGGGCAGAUACGGUUCCUUGUAUAUACUUUGGAGAAUGCUGUCCUGAACCUGCCUGAAGGUCAAGAGAAAAUGGUCUGGCUGAUAGACUUCACAGGAUGGACAAUGGCAAAUGCUGUGCCCAUAAAGACUGCCCGAGAAUCUACAAAUAUCCUGCAAAAUCAUUACCCUGAGAGGCUGGCCGUUGCAUUGCUAUUUAAUCCCCCGAAAGUAUUUGAAGCGUUUUGGAAAGUUGUCAAGUAUUUCCUUGACCCAAUAUCGAUAGAGAAGGUGAAGUUCGUGUACCUGAAGGAUGAGGAGAGCAUGAAGGUCAUGCACAAGUACAUUGACCCGAAAGUCAUUCCUGUUGAGUUUGGGGGCAAGAACGUUGUGGUUUACAACCAUGAGCAGUACUCUGAGUUGAUGACAAAAGAUGACAUCAAAACUGCUAACAUCUGGGGAGAAGAUGCAAAAACUGACCAUGUUAAUCAUGUCAUCAGUGGGCCCUUGGUUCCUGAGGUCACCCCUCUGCCGUCAUUACUUACUACUUAAGCCUGUUAUGGAGUGUCAACCCCUCCUGUGACAAGAGUUGCUAUUUCGUAUACCUUUCAAGGAAGGAAAUAGACAGGUAGUGGAAUGUUGAGUUGUUGACACUUGACAAUCAAACAGAAAUGAAUGAAUAACAAAUAAUGUAUUACUUGGUCAUACUCAAACCUGUUCAUGUAAUCAAACGGUAUACCCAGAGUCCAGACGAUUCUACUUCAAGAGAAUUUCAUCUUUGGUGAUUGGGAAUCGGUCAGACCCCCAACCCCAAAAGAAUGAAGGGUAUAAUAUUUCGGCAAAUUUGGUCGAAUUUUACU